GCACACACCUCCCGAGCAGCGCGCAGCUCUUCUACCAUCCACCGCACACACGCGUGAAAGUCGUCGGGUCUGCUGCGGGCGCGUUUGACGUUUCAAAAUUUCGCAUAUCCAAAUAAGGCCUUUUCGCUCUCCCUCCCAGCUCCGGCGUGUGUGCCGGCCCCCUCCCCACACACGCCUCACUCUUCCUCCGACGACGGCGGCGACGACGACCACGACCACCACCAGCAGGACAUCGGCGAAGAGUGCCCCCACACCGAUACGCGAUAACGCGCGCGCCGAUUACGAUAACAGCCAACGACUGAGUAGUGAGUGAGUGAGUGUUGCGGUCUGUUAUCACUCGGCGGCUUAUCACUUAUCACAGCGAAACAACCUGCCCGCCACAGAGAGAAAAAGUUUCGGCAGCGACUUUCACUGCGUGUGUGCUCAAUUUCUUGUGCAUAACCUAAAAGAAUCGUCGUGCUUCGUGGUCACGGAUAGGCGCAAAAAAAAAAAACGUUGUUGAAAACAAACGCCGAUCGGCGCCUUGAGUAAUCAUGUCGUUCCGCGUGGUGCGUAGCUCCAAGUUCCGGCACGUGUACGGGCAGGCGCUGAAGCGCGAACAAUGCUACGACAACAUCCGCGUCAGCAAGUCCUCCUGGGAUUCGACGUUUUGCGCCGUCAAUCCGAAGUUCCUCGCGAUUAUCGUCGAAUCGGCGGGUGGCGGCGCCUUCAUUGUCCUGCCCCAUAGCAAAGUUGGACGCAUUGCGGCCGAUCAUCCGUUGGUCGGCGGACAUAAGGGACCAGUGCUGGAUAUCGCCUGGUGUCCGCACAAUGAUAAUGUCAUUGCGUCCGGUAGCGAGGACUGCGUGGUCAAGGUGUGGCACAUACCCGAUGGUGGGCUGAUCAAAACCCUCGCGGAGCCGAUUGUUGACCUUGUGUGUCAUCAGCGGCGCGUGGGGUUGGUGCUGUGGCAUCCGACAGCGCAGAAUGUCCUCCUUACGGCCGGUAGUGAUAAUAAGGUGGUUAUUUGGAACGUGGGCAUGGGUGAGCCGUUGAUUCAGCUGGAUUGUCAUCCGGAUAUUGUCUACAGCGCGUGUUUUAAUUGGGAUGGGUCGAAGUUGCUCACAACGUGCAAGGAUAAGAAGAUUAGGAUCAUUGAUCCGCGAUCGGGGGAGAUUGAAGCUGAGGCGAUUGCACAUGAAGGUACGAAAGCAACGCGUGCGAUAUUUCUACGACAUGGUUUGGUUUUCACGACUGGUUUUUCCAAGAUGUCUGAAAGGCAGUACAGUCUGCGCACUCCGGAUGCUCUCGGAGAGCCUAUCGUGAUGGUUGAGUUGGAUACAUCGAACGGUGUGAUGUUUCCGCUUUAUGAUCCCGACACAAACUUGGUGUUUUUAUGCGGUAAAGGCGAUUCUGUCAUAAGAUACUUUGAGAUUACACCCGAGCCGCCAUUUGUGCACUACAUCAACACGUUCCAGACGCCGGACCCGCAGCGCGGUAUUGGUAUGAUGCCGAAACGCGGUAAUGAUGUUACCUCCUGCGAAAUAUCGCGAUUUUACCGUCUGAACAACUCUGGUUUAUGUCAAGUGAUAACAAUGACGGUACCACGUAAAUCAGAGCUUUUCCAAGAAGAUCUCUAUCCGGAUACUCUUGGUGACACCGCGGCGCUCUCCGCAGAUGACUGGAUCUCCGGCAAAGACGCCGAACCGCUGCUCAUUUCGCUCAAAGACGGCUACAAACCGCCCGAGUCAAAAACCACACUCUCCGUGACAAAACGCGGCAACGUCCUGGAUAAAAUGCCGCCGAAAACAGGGCGUGGUGGUAAUGCAGCCGCACAACAAUCGCCAGUCUCCGAGAAAACCCUGCAGGAAUUUGCGGAGGAGAUCCGUAAACUCAAAGCGAUGAUCGUCAAGCACGAGAAUCGCAUUCGCGCGUUAGAAGCGGAGGUGAACAUUGGCCGAGGGGCGGCUGCCAAUGCGGCAUCUCCCGCGGUUACCUCCACGACACAUUCGACGAUAGCAAUGGACGAAGAUGGACCCGGUGGGGAUGGACUCGCCAGUCCACCGCUCGGCCCCGGCGAAGUUUAGCGCUUGCCGUCGACGCCAGCGCCCCCUUGAACCAAACUAACCAAAUAUUUGUUUAUUGUCUUUUUUUUAUUAAUUACGAGAGGAGCUACUACAAGAGGACGCGAACAAAACGAAAACGAAACAAGCGCAUGACAACGACAUAUAUGAUCUCGCAGUCAAAUCACUCUCAUCAAGCACGGUCCCUGUUUUUAUUAUUUUUUUCUCUGUACAUAUAGCGUGUAAAACUGGAAGCAAUCCCGAUGAGCAACGACACACUUACACACACACACCUACAUUAUUUAUUUACUUUUGAGCGCCCAUGUACGCGUCGUAUUAUUUUACAUUUAUUAUGUCAUUUAUACUUGUUUUAUAUUGUACUUCAUGUUUAUUCAUUGUUACGACACUGCGAUUGCUCACGUGUGUGUGUGGCGCGCACACACCUGAAGAUGGCGCGUGAUCGCGUGAUAUAUACCUGAGGAGAGGAGCAUGAGAAAUUGUAUUUUAUCUAUUUUAUCGAUAGGCUAGCGAAAGGUUGACACUGUUUUUUUCUUUCUUUCUUUGUUCUCUCUGUUUUUGUGAAUCAUUGUAUGCAGUGAGAGCCCAGUGCCUUUGAUGUUUGGCUGAGACGCACACACGCAAUAUUCUUGACCCCCAGAAGUGCCAAAACACACAACACACAGAUCCGAUGCGUUAGUGUUAAGCAUAGUUUACAACUACAUACACUUAUAUAGAUUUAAACACAACCAAACGAUGAUAAUGAUUAAGCGGAGAUGAGGCUAAUUUGAAUUUAUUUGGUGUUGAAUGAGAGAAACAUUUAAAAACACGUUAUUGCUAUUGCGACGCUUUAGAUUUUUGGAGCAGUUUUAUUAUUAAUAAAAAUGUUGAAACACA